ACCCGGAAGCCUCGUUCGCUCCACGCCGCUCCGCCGCGAGUCCUUCCUGUUUUGGAUAUUUUGUAGGAAGCUGCAGCUCCUGGACAGUCGCAAACACAAAUGGAUUCGUGUCAGUGAUCUCUGGGAGGGGAGGACACAUGCUCUCACAUCUCUGUGCUGCCACACCAGCCUUGUACAUACUGUGGAUCGCCAUGGCCCAGGUGGCCGGCCAAGAAGACAGAGAGAAAACCACUGCGCUCAAAGACCUGCUGUCGAAGAUAGACUUAGAUGAACUGAUGAAGAAAGAUGAACCUCCUUUCACUUUCCCCAAAACACUGGAGGAAUUUGAAUAUGCCUUCAAUGAAUACGGCCAGCUCAGACAUAUAAAAACGGGUGAAUCCUUUGUGUUCAACGCCAGGGAGGAUCUCCACCGCUGGAACCAAAAACGCUACGAAGCUCUUGGAGAGAUCAUCACUCAGUUUGUUUAUGAGCUGUUGGAGAAAAAGUGCAACUUGACUAAAGCAAUCCUGCCAGUGGAUGCCACAGAAGAUGAGCCCACAAGUUUUAUCUACCUGAGCCCGGAUGCCUUGUCCAACCCGUCCAAGCUGCUGGUGCUAAUCCAGGGUAGUGGUGUGGUGCGAGCCGGCCAGUGGGCCCGGAGAUUAAUCAUCAACCAGGACCUGGACUCAGGGACGCAGAUCCCCUUCAUUAACAGAGCCAUGGAGGAGGGUUACGGUGUGAUGGUGCUCAAUCCCAACGAGAACUACUUGGAGGUGACGAAACCGGCCAGAUCCUCUCCCCUGCCCUCUCCCACGGAGCAGUCGGACGAGCCGGCAGAAAAGAGGGAGCGCAAAGACGAGAAAGAGGGCAAAAAGAAGAGGGAAUUCUAUGAGAAGUACCGCAACCCACAGAAGGAGACGGAGACCGAACAGAUUCCUAUACGGGAAAACGGUUCAUCUGAGGAACACGUGCUGUAUGUGUGGGACCACUUUGUGUCCAAAGCUGCAGCCAAGAAUGUCUUCAUCGUGGCCCACAGCUACGGAGGGCUGUCUUUCGUUGAGCUGAUGAACCAGAGAGAAAUGCAGGUGAAGAGCAAAGUGUGCGCUGUGGCUCUGACCGACUCUGCUCACAACAUCUGGCUCCAGGAGACCAGCAAAGGCACACAGGACUGGAUGCAGCAGCACUGCUGUAACUGGGUUUCGAGUCCAGAGCCCUUGGACACACCGCUGGAUCCCAUGCUGCCAGACUGCCCCAGAGUCUCUGCAGGCACAGAGAGGCAUGAGCUGACCUCCUGGAUGAGUUUCACCUCCAUCUUCAGGUUCUUCGGUGAAGUGCUGGAGGCCAAAGAAGGCGAAGAGGCGGAGGAGACCUCCAACACUGUCACCACGCGCAGCAGCUCCCUCAAGAACAAACACCAGGAUCUGUAGAGAGCCGUCGGCGCUGACUUGCAACCAGAGGAGACUGGGGGUUAUGAGGGAUCAGAGGUGGGGGGUGCAGAAAGGGUUCUCUAUGCUAUUUUUUCCUCUUGUUCCUCUUCCUCUGCAGCCGCCCACCAGUUUUCCUUCCCCAGUCUGUUUCCUGAGUGUCAUUUCUCCCUUCCAGCCCUCCCCGGCUCCGCACACACACACACACACACACACAUCGCCUU